AUGGCGGGCUGCAAAGAGCUUUCCCCUUACAGUCUAGAUGCAGAGCUGAAUGCUGAUAGCUCCAAAGAGAAUUGCUUCGUUCUUGACGUUGGUCAUGACAAAGAUGGUGAUUGCGUCAGUUCCGCAGUGCAAGUCGCCGAAGUUGUCGAGGACUUUCGUUUCAACGCGAUUGACACGUCAUCCCCUAUCACCAAGUUAUACAUUGUCGGCGAGUGGCACCCAGUGUUGUGUAAGGGCAAGGGCCGUGCGACAGAGAAAGACGUGCACGUCGAGUACGAGGACUCGAAGUACUCCAAGUUGGAGAAAGAGCAUCGCGCGGCUGGCGAGGCAAUUGCGAAGCUCGUCGAACAUAUGCCUGCUCUCAAGGAACUGACUUGGAUCUCUGGCUUGCCCUUCAUGCCCGUCGUUUGGGAGAAGCUUCCCACUUCACUCACGAAGCUCGUCCUCGACCUUGGUCAGCCUAUGAAGGUUCAUCACGACGUACAACAUGAGAAAGUGAUCGAGUACAACUCCUACAUCACUGCAAAUGAGAUGAAGCCCCUGGCUUGCCAAACUCAGCUCAAAGAGCUUCGCUUGUUGCGUAUACAAGACUCUAUGCAGUCAGUCGUAUGGGAGACUAUCUUCAGGAACAAGUCUGAGGACAACAUGCGCGUUGCGGAUCUUCAGAUGGCUGCUGCUCCGCUCGUACGCACGAAGCAUUGGCACAAGGCUGAGGAUGUUGUGGGUUUGACAGUUCCCAAGGGAGACUUCAAAGAGAAGGAAUACAAGGGUAUUGAAGGCAAGGGUCAGCUGCACUACUCGUUCGGCACCGGCGAAUAUCUUGAUGACUUCUGCAUGCGCAAGGCACGUCUUGCUGCAGCCUUAGAUGAGUCUAUACCGCUACCUCUCUGGUCCCUCAAGCUAGACGGCUUCGUUGUUGACUAUCUUCCCUUCGAGCAUGAACUCUCCCGCAUCGUCUUGCUCACUUGCGGACCCAAUUGCAUCGACAGUGGCCUUCGCGCACCCAAGACACCGCGCAGCCCCCUCAACAAGUGGAGUAAGAUAGUCAAUAAUGCCGUGUCACACUGCUUGAUCCAAUGGCCAAACUGGACCGGCGUCUUCGACGACAGAGGCGAUCAGCGUGACGCCGAAGGAGACAUUGUACCGCAAGAGGUUGGCCUAUCAACCCCAGCUCUAGAUAUGCUAUUCUCGCCCGUGCGUCUGACUAAGGAGUCCCUCCAGAUAAAGGAGUUGAGGGACGCACUCGACGCUUUCAAGGCACAAGAAGAAGAGUCACCAAUGAGUCUUGGUACUUCACUUGGUGUAGGCCCUUCAACCAGCGUGGCGUCAACGCGCGGAUCUGACCUUCAUGGCUCCGACCUGCCCACCCCCGUCGGCGAACAGGCUGAUAGAAGCUCACCUAAGUCGUCUGAGUUCGAUACAUCUUCACCUUGUGGCGCCAGCCUGAUCCUCGUCGACAGCACCACCACGGUGGAGUCGGUUCUUUCCAACGAUAGCGGCUUCGACGAGGCGACUCCCGUGGACGUCGACGGUGUUGCUGAUGACGUCAGCAAGCAUGCCGCUGAUGGCUUGAAGCACGAGGUAAGACGAUCCAUGGAGCAGUUGUCCGGUUCUAGCUUUUAG